AUGCCAUCGUACAAGGAAGGCGGUGGCUCGCACCACCGCGUCGUCGCGCUCGCGGAACUGAAGAAACUCGUCCGCCACGCCGACCUCCACCCGCCCGCAACCUUCUACCGCGCACUGCGCGAACUCCUCCGCCCCCUUCACGAGAACGAGCCAGACUUCGAAGGACCCGAAGUCCUACUCCCUACCAGAUCCACAAGCCACAUCGCCAUGUUCUCGCCGGACUUCUACGACCACGAAGGCGUGCUAAUUUUUACCGAGAAGAAGCCAAUAUACCACGGUGCGGUUUGGACCCGGCUCACAACCGUAUCGCAAGCGGCAAGCGCAGCCGAGGCGGAGAGGCACCGCGUCAAGAAAACGAACCGCCGACAACGCCACCGCCUGCACAAGCGAGACAGAGUAGCGCGCAAGGAACGACGCGCCAUCAUCAAUAUGCUCCGCUCCAUCCUGCGGAUAUGCUUAAACUGGUACUCGAUCCAAGAGGCAGAAUACGCGGCCCACCCGGAAGACGGGUUCCAUUCUUUUAGCACCGAAAUCUGA